CCCGCCCGGUCCCGCCGCGCGGACGGGCUCGGCGCCGGACGCGAUGUCUGCGCUGGAAUGGUUCGCGCACAAGCCCUUGGGCGGCGGCAUCUUUUGGAUCCAGGAGCGCUUCUACGAGUCGGGCAACCGGGCCAACAUCUGGCUGGUGCGGGGCUCGCAGCGCGACCUGGUGAUCGACGCGGGGCUGGGGCUGCGCAGCCUGCCCGACUACCUGCGUGCCGCGGGAUUGCUGGCGCCGCCGGACGGGGCCGGCCCCCGGCCUCUGCUGGCCGUGGCCACCCACGUCCACUUCGACCACUCGGGCGGGUUACAGCACUUCGAGGAGGUGGCGGUGCACAGCGCCGAGGCGGCCGCGCUGCUCCGUGGCGACAACUACGAGGCCGUCACCUGGCUGUCGGACCGGGAGGUGGCGCGGCCGCCGCGGCCCGGCUGGAGAGCGCGGCAUUUCUGCGUCCCGCCCGUGCGGCCCAGCCGCCUCUUGCAGGAGGGAGAUGUAAUCAGCCUUGGAGACCGGCAGCUCACCGUCAUGCACAUGCCUGGCCAUUCCCGAGGAAGUAUUUGCUUACAUGACCGAGAACACAAGAUUUUAUUCAGUGGAGAUGUCGUGUAUGAUGGAUCCAUGAUUGACUGGCUUCCCUACAGCAACAUAAGUGACUACAUUGUGAGCUGCCAGCGCCUCAUGGAGUUGGUGGACAGAGGUCUUGUAGAGAAGGUACUUCCUGGGCACUUCAACAUAUUUGGAGCAGAAAGGCUGUAUCGAUUAGCUUCCAACUAUAUCUCAAAAGCUGGAGUUUGUCACAAAAUCUCAACUUGUGCCAUGAGAUCCAUUGCAAGCAUAGCACUUCACCUUACAAAUUCCAGGGGUACUUCUUCCUGAGCAUGCGUUUAUGUUGUCUGUCUCCCAGAGAGAAAUCAAAGGACUUGUGAAAAUGAUGACACAAGACAAAGCAGUAUGCUUUAGGAAAGAGCUGGCAAAAUGAUGUGGAUGAGCUGUAAAAAUUCUUAUGUUUGCUUUCUCUGUUCCUGUUUUUGUGGGGAAAAAAAUCAUAAACUAGUAGCUUAGCCAGAGCUGCCAUUUUUCCUUGUAUUUUUUCAGGGCAAGUUUGCACAGGUAUUGUGAUUGAAAUAUAUUGUUUUAUUUUUGAUAUGCUUCUGACAGAUAAAUAUAUGCCAAAAUGAGACUUCUUACAUCCAUGCCUGAAACUUUGUUGAUGUAGCACUAAGAUGGUAGGUGUUCACUUGAUCCCUGCUCAGGCUUUGGCUUAACACAGCUCAUGUUAAGGCCUCAUUUGUGCUGAGAGCAGCACCAUCAGGUGCAGAUGAGAGCAACGCAUAGGUAGGAUGCUGUGGACAAAGUAAUAAGGGCCAUGGUGCAGCUGUUACCACCUGGAGCUUGCUGUCCCCUGCUGCAGUCACCUCCAGCAUUUUUGUAAAGUUUCUGCACCAUCCACUAGUGUAUGGAAAUGGUAUAGACCAAACUCUUAAGCUGGAUGAUAUAGGUAGGUCAGCUGACACAAACUCCUUUUGGUGUGGAUACAACAGCUUCCAGAUCAUUAGGGUUUUCAUGCUUUUGAGUGUGAUCCAGGGGACAUGUGUACCCCAUGGAAGAGUAUGAUAAGCACUGUCACAGGAAGGGAACUAUUUUGCUUAGAGGUGUGCAAGUUACAUUAUUAGGGAAAUUGUGAGCUACUGAAGUAAUGAAUUGAUGAAUGCACGUGUUUAAUGUUGUAGUCUGUACAACAUGGAUUGAAACCUUGCUUGCUGUGGUAAUGUUUUUUUCUGACAAUCUCAUUAAAUAAAGUUUAAUUUAUACUUUAUUUACAAAUGAGAGAUCCAAAUAGACUGUGACAAACUUAAAACCUUUAUUUGUGUUUAAGAGUCUUGUUGUGUAUGUGGAUUGUAGCUUGGCUGUUAAUGCUCUGUGGGAAGAACGGAUGCAGGCAGUAACAUUGCUUUGCCCCACUGCAGUGUUGGAUUAAACAGCUGGUGCAUUUGCCUCCAUGCAAUGAAUGUAUCUUCGACUGUUUACUGUUUGCUUAUGAAGUAUUUUGAUGCAUUUGGUUUUUAUGGAAAGUGCACUGAAUUUGAGUCUGUUCCAAAACAAGCUGAAUACACUGAGAAAUGCUAAAUGACAUUGUAACUUGCUUAUUUAAAAGCUGUUAAAAUGUUUAAAGUUUGUGUAAUUGUUCUAGCAGUCUAUAUAUUCAACUUCUUUAAAAGGACACUGUCUUAUACUAUUUUUGUAUAUAGAUUUGUAAUUUCCUUACAAGAGAUUGCAGGUGUUUAUCCCAAAUUCUAGUGGAGUUUAGCCUUAUUUGUUUGACUUUCACUUUAUGUGAAAGAUCACUUUUUUUUUUUUUUUUUUUUUUUU